GUAUCAUCAAGCCAAAGGUUAUAGAGUAUUCCGGUAUGGUGGUGUUGCUAACGCUCCGGUCAAUACUUAAAAAUACAAACAAACGAAUAAAAUAAUAAUAAUAAUAAUAAUAAUAAUAAAAAAGCAGUGUGUCUAUCGACGUGAAUUUUAUUACAGUGUGAUCAGUUUUAAGUUGGGUUAAAGUUACUUCCGGGAUUACUGUCGCUUUUUGUUACUUCUCCGGUUAACUCGCCAGCUGGCCCUGAAUAUUCUAAAGAAAGUAAAUAAUUUAAGAGUGAAAAUGGUGGCAGUGUGCGUCAGCUGAUGUUUAAACAGCAGCGUCAAUGGGAAAGAGGAAGGACAUGAUGAUCCACCCCAGAUAUCUUGUCGGGGAUGAUGGCGAUUACAACGCCCACAGGAAGAAGCACAAAAAGCACAAGAAACAUAAGAAGAAGCACCACCGUGACGACGGCCACAGCUUCUCGUCUGAGGCUCUGGAGUCAGACUCCGGCAUUGUGCUGAAACCUCCACAGCUGAAGCUGAAGAUCAAAUUAGGAGGGCAAACACUGGGCACCAAGAGUGUGCCCACCUUCACAGUGGUACCGGAGGCCGUGCGGUCGAUGUCUCCUCUGAUUGUGGACAGUGAUGAGGAUGAUGACUCUGAUGAUGAAGAUGAGGAGGAGGAAGAGGAUGAGGAUGAGCCCUCAGAGGGAGUUCCUAUUGAACAGUACCGUGCCUGGCUCGAUGAGGACAGCAACUUGGAACCUUCUCCCCUGCCAGACAUGGACACUGAUUCGUUUUUGGAAGGCCCCAUGGAUGAGGAGGAGAAAUGGCUCGAUGCACUGGAGAAAGGAGAACUGGAUGAUAACGGAGAGCUGAAGAAAGAGAUCGAUGAGUCUCUUCUGACUGCCAGACAGAAAGCGCUGUUGCACAAGCAGCAGAUCCAGCCUCUGUUCGAGCUCCCCAUGGGCUACAAGGAGAAGGAGCUGACGGCAGAGAUGCUGCAAAAGCGGGAGGAACGAGCCCGCAAGAGACGCCUGCAGGCGGCCAAAAAGGCUGAAGAGAACAAAAACCAGACCAUUGAGAGGCUCACCAAGACCAGCAAGGCCAAAAUCAAGAGCACAAGAGAGCGCAAAGCCAAGCAGGCACAGGUUCCCAUGGUGAGGUACUUGGAUAACGCUCAGGGGGCAGCGAUCUCUUACCCGGUUGGAGUCACCGCUCCGGCACCUGCUCCACCACGCCCACUUCCUCCUGCUCCUGUGGGCUGCGGCGUCGCUGGCUGUUCCAACCUGAAGAAGUAUUCAUGCUCCAAGACAGGGAUCCCACUCUGUAGUCUGGACUGUUACAGGAAGAACUUAAUGCUUGUAGAGAGUACAGCUUGAACUUAAAGACCUCAAAAGGAUGUAGGUUGUUAGCUUUUAUAAAGUUUGUACUAAUGGAACAACAGGAUUUAUGGAUGUCUGAGUGAAACAGUGUAAUUGAGAAGUAAUUAUUUUCCAUAAUACUGACUGGCCUGAAAUCCAGAAAUUAGGUUUUUGAUCUGGUUUCCUCUUUAGUUGGCUUUCCAACUGAACUCACUAGUUUGUUUUGUUAACAUGGAUGUCCUGUGCUGUGUCAGAUCCUAAUCCAUCAAGCACCGAUCACAGGAGUGAAACUAGGAUAAUUUCAGUUAUUUAUGUAAAGGGGCAAUUUUGCCCUCUACUGCCUAUGAGGGGGGAAACAGCAAUUGUGCAAAAAACAAAACAAAACCCAAGCCCCUUUUUCCUGCUGAAACGACACCCUAUAAGUUUUUUUUUCUUUUAAAGGAAAUGAAAAGAGGCAGGCAUCUAUGUUCCAGCUGGGGGUGGGGCUCAUUUCUGAAACCAGAAAAAUACAGAAGCCUGACAUUAAAUAACCAUAUACACUGCAUAGUGAGAUUACAAAUAACAGGCAUUUUAGGCUGUCUUUUUCUUUAUUACAGCUUUAGAAAUAACUUUACAAUUAUACCCCACACCUUUAAUGUCAUCCAGAAAGGAGAAACUGGACUCUGUGCUCGCUGAACAUAUUCAUCCUUCAUGGUUUAUUUUGUAAGUCUGAUUUGUUAAAUUAGAGAAGCUCGCUAUGCUGAAUUAGUGUAGAGGUGAACCCAGAGCUUCAUGUAUUUAUUUAGUGUUUGAAUUUUUCUUGCACACUAGACUUUUUUUUUCCUCUGUAAAAAGCUUGAAAUAAACAUUAUUACAAGGUGACA